AUGGAGACUGUACGCGCCGUUAUGCUUGUGGCUAUCGCUUUUUCUUUAAUUGUUGGAAUAAAUGGAUAUUGUAAUCUACAACAUGAAUUACAGGAUUGUGUGGAUAUUUUGCAACCAGGAAUUCAGUUUAAGGACAUUACAGGUAAUCAGCCGACUUGGAAUAGGACACAGUUAGAUCAUGCUUGCAGUCAUCUUACAGGAUUCUUCCAGUGCUAUGAUGAUACUGUGAUUAAAUGUAAUGAUGAAUCACUUCGUAAAGUCAAGAUCAUAUUUACCAAAACUUUUGGUUAUAUCUGUGGAGAUGGCCGUGAAUUGUAUUUGAAGACCCAUGUUUGUUUGAAUCAAGAACCUGUUAAAAGCAAUGUGAAAGAAUGUAUGUCCUAUGCACACAGCCCGCAUUUCAUACAGACAAAAGAUGAUGCUUGCGAUAAAAUCAACGAUCUUACUCGGUGUGUAGAAAGAGCUGCUGCUCCCUGUGGUGAAGACAGCAAAGCUUUUCUGACUGGAUUUAUUAAAAGAAUACUAGAUGGUCUAAUAAACUGUGGUGGACUAAGUCAUGGCAUAAUUGCCGCUAUUAUAGCAGCAGUUUGUGUAACUGUUGUCCUGAUUGCAUUUGUGAUAAAAGCAUUGAUUCAAAGGAAAAGUAACACGUCAUUUGAAAGAAUGGAAAGCUAA